AUGGUAGUAACGAAUAGGGUGGUUCCUCAACAAUCAACAACAUCAGAAACUGAACUCUCCUUCUCAAAAUCAGCAAAAUAUGUGCAGAAUAAUAAUUUACAGAACAUGUUCCCUGAAGAUGAUUCGGGAGGGCAGGAUUAUGAUGAUGGCUACUCAUCAUCAGAUAGGGGGUGUUGUCUCAGAUUUCUACUCAGUGUAAGAUUAUUCCUCAUUGUCAUGAUCAUGAUGGUUGUGGUGACGACAGCAUUGACUAUCUGGAUCACUUCCUAUACAAUGAAUGAACAGGCCUCUUUGGAUCAAGUUAAGGUAAUUAUUGAAAAUAUGAAUGAAAAGAUUGGUGGCUUUGUCAAUUCACAACUGUUACCAGCCAAAUAUGUUGCCGAUUCCAUAGCUGAGGAUUACCAUAAUGGAUUUGUGGAUAUGGCUGAAUCGAUACAAUACUAUCUCUUUACACGAGUGAAACAAUUUGGAGUCACAGUGACAAAUCUGUGUUUUGGAGAGGAUGGAAACAAUGCUCUUUAUGCCUACAGUGUCAAUGCAGAUGGUUCAUUGGUGUAUGUGAGAAAACCAGAGGGUUCACGAUUUAUCAUGUACAAGGCAAACAUGACCACAGGAGAAUACUAUCCAGAUAAGGUCACUACUAAUAUUACCUAUGUAGUAGCCAAUACAGAUUACUAUAAGGAAUCAAUGAUUGUUCAUAGUCAAUAUGUGAAUGGUGGUUUUGGAGCUCCUUAUAAGGUAAUUAAUGGACCAAUUUCGAGUUUUUGGAGUACACCAAUUUAUAGGAGAUCAGAUCCAACCUCAUCAACUAACAAGACAAGAAUUGGAUUUGCCAAGAUCAACAUUUCACUGGCAGCAAUCGCCAAGUUUUUAUCAUCUGUAAAAGUCAUGCAAAAAGGAUUUGUGAUCAUUUCAGAGUAUGGCAAUGAUUAUAUUAUUGGAUCUUCUCUAGCUGUGGAUGGAGUUGAUUCAAAGAGAGUCAAAACAACUGAAAUUGUCUCACAAAAUGCAGGUAAAAUGAUGGAGAAACUGUUCAAACAUCAACAAGAGAAUAAUAUUGCAAAUUUGACCUCUUUCCAAACAAGUUUGGAUAAUGGUUUGGGAAAUUCAUUCCUCAUCUCUUCUGCACCUUAUACAUUCCACAAUUUAAAGUGGAGAAUGACUCUCUUCUUUGAUGAAUCUGAAAUUAAGAAGGGAAUUAUUGAAAGUAGUUGGGUUAUUCUUGGAGUUUCUAUUGCUGUGGCCAUUUUGGGAAUUCUUGUGAGCAUUCUUGUUGGUUGGGUAGUAACAAGCCCAUUUGCAAAACUUCAGCAAGAUUUUAAGAAUAUUGAAACCUUGCACUUGUCUGAAAUUCAAAGAAGAAGUUCAAUUUUUAGCGAGCCCAAAGCAAUCUAUGCCUCUCUGAGUGAAACAAUAAGAUGGCUUUCUGAAAUUAGAGCAUUCAUUCCAGAUUCCAUUUUGAAUCAAUUGGAUGAAGCCAAGCAAGAUACCGAAACCAAUACUGAUAAUGCUAAUUCAUUUACAGCAGCAGCCAAGAAUUCCAACAAUAAUUUUGAUACAAUUUCGAGAAGAAGUUCAAACGGUGCCUCAGAUGUAAUUUCUAUUCAUCAACAUCAAUCCCAUCACAGAAAUUCCAAUCACAAGUCCAGUCAUUUAUUCAAACUUGGUCUGGGAAUGAAAGAGUGUUCCAUCAUGUAUUUGACCAUUCCAAAUCUGAAUCAGAAUAACUUUGAUUACGAAUCUGGAUUGUUACAGAACUUGAUUUCUAAAUGUCUGACCGCAAUUUCACAAAUGUGUAAGACCUGUAAGGCAGAUUUACAAAUCAAAGCCUACAAUGAAUAUGUCAUUAUAUUUUCACCUUCAGAUAAGAGUCCUUCAAGUACUGCCAUUGAAACAGCCCUAAAGAUACAAACCUUUUUCAAUUCCAUUAAUGAUCAAAUUCAAAAAGAUGAUCAAAUAGCUCUGAAAUCAUGCAUCUCCAUUUCAUCAGGUCAAAUGAUUCAAGGUAAUGUUGGUAAUAAGCAAAUGCGUUACAUGGCUCUGGUUGGAGAGGUUAUUGAAAGAGCCAAACUAUUGAAUGACUUUUCAUGGUAUCUUAAUGUGGCAAUCAUUUGUGAUUCAAGGACAUUUACACAAACACAGGAGUCUUUUAUUACUAGGCCAACAGAAAGAAUCUGGAAUAAGGAGAAGGGACAAAUAGAUACAGUAUAUGAAAUUCUUAGAAAGAAUAUUGUGCAAGAUGAUGAAUGGCUUUAUGAAUUGGAGCAAAAGAAGGCCAACUCUAAAUUUGAUGCAUUUUCUUCAUACUUUUCAAAAUUAUUUGUGGAUGAUGAAUUCGAUCAAGAUGAUUUGACCAAGAUGAGAAAGGAACUUGCAGAAGCCAAAAGAUUGGAUCCUAACGAUGUUGUUGUAAUGAGAUUAGAACAUUUAAUAUCAACAGUGCAAGAAUCAACAACAAAUCCAAAUCUGUUAUAUUACCAUUCGGCUGUAGCCAAGGAAUUUGUGAGUUUUAUCAAACCAGGUGAGAGAUUACCUUCAGCACUGUUGUAUUCCACACCCGAAGAAUAA